AUGAUUCUUGCCCACAACCACAACGACAAUAAUCACAACUAUCCACGAGCCGCCGGUCUCAUUGUCCUCAACGAGGGUAUCGGCUCACACAACGACAACAGCAAUAACAACAACAUUUACUAUAACCCUUACAGCAUAGAGGCGUCGGCACUCGCAUCGUACAAUAGGUACAAUACCAACAACAACAACAACAACAACAACAACAGCAGUAGCAGCAGCAGCAGCACUCCUCGUUUGCAAUCUGCGACGAGCUUCGGCGCCCCAUUAAGAUCGAAUACGCUCUUCCCACCUGCAAACCUAUUUACCACGAACACCAACAACACAGCCGUCCAAGGCCUCAAUCAAGUACCAGACCUGAUGCCGUCCACCGCCGAGGCCUCGUCGUGGUACGACAGCCAUUACACCCCAAGAGGUGCUCGUCUAGGACACAACCGCGAGUCGUCACUGUCGUCUCUGAACUCAAACGGUCCCGCGUCGCCGUACAAUGCCUCGACGUCGAAUCCACAUAUUGCCAUUACCGACUCGAGUGAUGCAUUCCACGACCUCGGCACAGGCGAGAGCAACUACUCGUAUUCACUAGGCAAGCCCAUGGGCUCAGAAAAUUACUAUACCAGCGUCCAGGGAAUGGGCUCGCAGACUCAAAAUCUGCCAGACAUGUUGUCAUUCUCAGCAGACAGUCUUCCGACGACAGCAAUGUCAUCGCAGCAGCCUAGUUCCACCCAAAAGAGGUUCGAGCGAGGUCUAGCACCUUCUGCAGAUGUGUCACACCCUGCCUCGGUGGCGAGCAGCACCGUGGGUGGUGACUCACAGCCUGCCACGCCGUCCUUCCACGAGCCCAUCGAGGACGAAACGAGGAGACGAAAAAAUGGUGAGCCUUCUUCAAGCAUACAUGAUCACAUAGUCCAAGAAUUACUCGACUCUCUAGCCGCUCAUGGUGAUGGCCAAGCAGAGAUCGUCUCCGAAGAGAUCGCGUUACAAGAACAGUUGAGCUCAUAUUACGAUACAGGAUGUGCCAACCCUCCCAAGCUUGAUCGCACCAUGACAGAUGUCUACGGCGACGAGCUGUACAGCCCGCACUUUGCCAUUACCGCGGCUUCGCCACAGCCGCAAGCGCAGCUAGCCAUGUCGCCAAACAAUGGUGUCUUUGCCGAACGUCUUGCACUUGCCAACAACCAGCACUUGAGCGCAGCGCAGUCACCAGUAUCGAGCUCAUCACGCACCGACUCGCCUUUUCGUCACGGCUCUCCGCUGGCACCGUCACACAACGACUUCUCAUCGCAGUCGUCGGCGCCGCAGAUUAGACUAAACUCGGCGCAGCAGAUGCGAGAGAAACAAAAGCAAGAUCGAGACGCUAAAGCCCUGAGGGAGCAAUUAGCACGCAGUGCCAACCGGCAGCAGCAGGGCACACCCAGUACUAUUUCUCCAAAGGACGCCAUGUUGGACUUCGCUGAAAUCGACGAGGCAUCCAACUUUCCUCUAUUUCCUCCGCAGGAGACGAACAACUUUGACCUGAACCAGUUGAGCAAGGUGGUUCCUCAACAACAACAACAACAACAACAAACACAUCAACAGCCACCUUCCCAACAAAUGCAGCCGCAGCAGCAGCAGCAGCAACAGCAGCCGCAAUCCCGGAUGCAUCAGCCCCAGGUACAGCAGCGUACACCACUGCAGACGGCAUUUGACUUUAGCAUGCCGACAAAUCUGCAGAUGCCACAACAGUAUCCCUUCAUUUCACGGCCCCGCCAACAGCAACAGCAGGCUAUUACUCCAUCGGUGUCUAGCUUUUCCCGAAUGAGCUCUUCCGACACGAAUGGCUCUACUAGCAAUGAUGGCACAGUAUCGAGGCCAGCGAGGACAAUGGCCGAUGGUGGAACAUACACGUGUACCUACCAUGGUUGCACCCUACGUUUCGAGACACCACAGCUCCUGCAGAAGCACAAGCGCGAGGGCCACCGCCAAGCCAAUGCUCUAACGGCAGCUACACGUCCCCAAGUUGCUCCAUCGCCGGGUGUGCCAGACUCGCUGUUGGGCAGCCAGGCGGGCCCUCACAGGUGUGACCGUAUCAACCCGAGCACGGGCAAGCCGUGUAACACCGUCUUUUCACGGCCAUACGAUCUGACCCGCCACGAGGAUACAAUCCACAACAACCGCAAGAAGAAGGUGCGCUGUGAUCUUUGCACCGAGGAGAAGACCUUCAGCCGGGCCGACGCUCUCACCAGACACUAUCGUGUGUGUCACCCAGAGGUUGAACUACCCGGCAAGCACCGCAAACGAGGAGUUCCCUCGGAUGCAAUCUAG